AUGAACAUGUACUCUGCCGCUCGUGUUGGUCAGGACACUCCUAACGGCUGUAGGAAGCCGCUCCUAGAACACGGCAACGAGGACCCCGACAAGGACUGUGAAGAAGACGACAACGAAUCGCCGCCAGCGUUCACUCCUGCACCGCCUUUUACUGAGUCCUCGUCCUCUGCAACCGCCUGUGCUGAGACCAAGGCCGCGCUCCCACGCGACACCAAAGACGGGUCCAGCAGCAAGGACAUCGACGACGGCGAACCGCCGCCACCCUAUAGCGAAGGAUACAGUCCGCUUGAAUCGUUCACAUACGUCAUGGCGUCUGCAGGAGGUCCCGCAAGCAUCAUCACGCAGGUGUCGCAGCAGAGCGGUGGUCCACCAAUAAACACGCUCGGCGGAUCCGAUGAGAACAUCACGCUCGAGCUGAGAGGAAACCGCUUCACGCUCUCUCGUGACGAGCUCCUUACUCUCCCGGAAUUUGUUCUUCUAUCUCUCUUUCCUAAUGGACUUCUCCCCGAUGGCCACAUGAAUCAGUAUCACGACGGUGAUGUAUACCCUGUCGAUGUUGGUGCCCCCGAUCUCUCUUCUCCUCCCAACGUCCGCUUCAACUCCGUUCAAGCGAUCCGUUAUCAUCUCUCCAACCCCGCAUUAUACUUAUCUGACAAUCUCUACGCUUCUCAGUAUGAUCCCAACUCCCUCCAAUACAUGCUGGAGUUUUUUCGAACUGUUGCCCAGACCAUCCCUGCAUCGCCCCCUUCUCCUUCUGCCGUUCCAGAGCACCCGACCGAAGCCCACGCCAUUGAGCCCAUGCACGGUUCCGCACGAGACAUGCUGCAGGACCGUGCGGGUAUCAUCGUGCUUCGAGAAGAUCUAGAUUUCUAUGUGAUCCCGCCUCACCGCGACAUCUCUCAGCCCGACAUGAUCGAAGUAAAGCGAGCGGCCGGUGAGGCACUCCUCAAGCAAGACGGUAUCUUCUCCGGCCUACGAAAGAGCGAGGAGCCUGGAACGACCGAGCAGCAUCUGAUUGAGAUGUUGACGGCAGGCGGCUUCAACCACGAUGACCGGUGGGGCCACCGAGCCGGAGAGCCGAACAAGGCCGUUAUUUGCAGCAUCGCGUUGGCCCGUUUACGAACCGACAUCAAGGGCAACGACUUGGCCAACAGCAAUGCGGUAGGUAUGGCCCAGAAGCUGCUCCUCUUCUGGAGGAAGCCUGCCCGACGAUGCUGGUGGGAAGGUGUAGAGCUCGACAACGUUAGGGGUGUUGAAGGCAAGCUCAAGGUGUGGAUCAGGAGAGUCUGGACGCUGGAGAUGAGUGUCAUUGGUCUACGCUGA